UAUGAAAUAUUUUUUGAUCAUUUGCUAACAAAAUGUCCAACAUUCACCAUCCAUUUUAUUAUAAUGACAAAUUCGUAAUGAUAUUUUGUUUGUUAUUAUUGUCAUCAUGCAAAAAUGGACUGUCACAAUCAUUUACAGCAUUUGAUGCAAAUCGAACUUUACCGCUUUUAUCAUCGCCAACAUUCACAUCAUCAUUUAAUUCCAACCGAACAUCUUCACCACAGUUUCAAUUACCAACAACAUUACCAAUAUCAGAAUCACAACCAUUGUCAAAAUCGAAUGCCAUUGAAUAUUUUCAAUCAUUAUUUCAAAAGGCUAUUCCACUAAAUCUAAAUCGUGAACAAACGAAAAUAUUUUUAAUAGCUCCUGCAAAUAAUACGACAAACGACUCGAAUGUGCCAUUAUCAGCUUCAAAUGAUAAUAUUCUAUUCGAGGGGAUCGGUCAACCGAUUGAAAGAAAAAAAUCUUACUAUUUUUUGAUUCCAAACGAGCAGAUUACAGGACGAAGUGUAACCGGCGGUGAUCAAUCAGCCGCACCACAAAUAGUAUCUGAUAAAAUAGCACAUAACUAUCAAUUAGAAACUUUGGACAAUAGUUUAUCGCAAAAUUUUACCGGUACAGAGUUAAAUUCGAAUCGUAAUUUCUCUUUGUUAACCGAAGAAAGUCGUACAAGUGGCAAUGAUUCACAUCCCAUAUCUAAUCCAUUUGCAUCAGCCCCAUAUCGAAGUUCUAACGAUGUUAUUGAAAGUUUAAUUCAAAAUAUAUUCAGUGAUUUAACUCUUCAAUCGUUGCCACCCGAAGAGGUUUUAUUUGGCAAACUUCCCGAACGUGAUCCACAAAAACAACUUGAUCCAGCGAUAAUAUUUGGAAAUAGAACACAACCAGAGCAACAGCCACCAAUUGAAUUCAAUCAACCACGGCAAGUCGAACCUGAAUCACAGUUUCAAACGCAGCCUUCACCACAAUUACCACUUCAACCUGCUUCUCAAUUCCAUCCACAACCGGAAACACAAUUACAACCACAGCCUGUACCACAGUUCCAAACGCAGUCUUCACCACAAUUACCACUUGAACCUGCUUAUCAAUUCAAUCAACAACCGGCAACACAAUUACAACCACAACCUGCUCCACAGUUUCAAACACAAUUGCCAUCACCACCACCACCACCACAGCUGCAAGAAGUUGACUUCCGCCAACCACCAACAACACCAAUACUUACAAAUUAUAGCCUUGGAAAUUUGGACAUUAACAAUCGAAGUCUCAAUAAUACUUUAACUGUGAAUCAACAAGGAUUCAUCAGCAGCAACGACAUCUUCAAUAACAAUUAUACCUUAAAUCAAGGUUAUAAUCGUAAUUUUAAGCCUAAUCAGGGCAAUUACACUUUUGAUCGAGAAAAUUUUACUUUUGUUCGGAAUGUUAACAAUUUGCCAUCUCUUCAACAACAUAAUGGCUUUACAAACAAUUUCACAUUGAAUAACAAUUACAAUUUAACCAAUUCAAAUAAUUACAAAUCAUUCGAACCGGUUCGACACGCAACUGUUUCAUUUAAUUUAUCCUCAUUUCAAUUUCCACCGAUUCCUCCCCGAUAUCAAGCUGGUGUUGAAUAUAGUGAAACUGAUGAAAUGCCCAAUGUGACGGAUCAAGAUUUAUUCGUAGAACUGAAUCGAAUUCAGGAGCCAUCUGUAUCAGUCACGAAACCAGAACCAAUAUCUAGGUUCGCUACAACGGAUGUUCCACGAACCAUUCCCACCACAUUUAAUGAUGAAAUUAAAGCAACAACAUUACCGAUAGAUUAUGAUCAAUUGCAAAACAAUCAACAACAACAACAACAAUUAGUAACAGGAAAAAUUCAAGCACAAACAUUUUUCCCAUCAACGCCUAUUCCUCGUGGACAAACAGUUCAAUUUCAUAGCCAAAGAGUGACACAUGUUGCUCCAGCAUCACAUUCAAAAGAAAUUUCAAAUGGAAAUUUAGCUUAUCAAAAGCUGAAUAUAAGCCGUUACAAUAAUUAUUUCAAUAACAAUUACUAUGCUCCAUAUGAAAAUACAAAUUAUCCAAUUUACAAUUCGCCAACUGUUUCCGGUUCCACGAAUGAAUACUACAAGUAUAAUAUAUCUGGUAAUAAUUUUGUCAAAACAUAUCCGACCACAUUACAACAUCGAUCAUCGAUAUCAACAAUGCAAACGAAUCGACCAUCGACAACAACAUUAGUUCCAAAAAAUCCAUUUCUAAACAAACAACAAUCAACACAACAGCAAUCAACAGGUUCACUAACGACAUAUAGAUAUAGUUCCAUUUCACAGCGAUCCAAAUCACGACCAAUGAUGGGAAUAAAUCCAACAACAACAAAACCAGAGCCACCAUCAUUACGAACUGUGGCUGUACCGAUGGUUAUGAUACCAACCGAAAUAGCCGAUAGACUUGUCAAUAUAAUUUCAUUGCCAAAUUAUAAAUUUUAUCUUGGUAAAAAAACUGGUUGAUCUGUUUGCUAUAAAUUCAAGAGAAAAACAAAAUCAUCACCAUUCAUUAAUUAUUUUUAU